CUCUGUCUUAACUGCUCCAUUUGCGGCGCUCUGUCUUUAUUUUCUCUCGCCGGAACUGCUUUUUUCGCCAUAGGGCAGACGUUGCGGCGCCGUCACCAACUAUCGCUUCUAACCCUAACCAACCGGCCGGCGGGCGGUGGUAUUCGUCGGAAGCACGAGACGGCUUGUUUUUGUUCUUCCUCGCGCGGAGGAAGUCGUCUUCAUCCCCGCCGUUGGAGCUGCAAGGGGAUCUCGCAUGUUCUCCGGGUAGAGGCUGCGGGGUGUAUGAGGUGUUUUUUUUUUCUCGUGAUGAGUUUGAUUGGAAGGGUUUCCAGCUGUGGUAAUGUGGUAGUUGAUGCUGCUGCGGUAGCUUUGGCCAAGGUGUCACUUGUUAAUGGUGAAGGCGGUGGUGGGAAUGCAGGUGAAGGGGGUGGUAUGGUUGAUAGCAAAGCAAAUGCUAGUGGAAUAAAUGAGUCGUGCAAAGUCGAUGGUGUCUUCUGCUCUCCUCAUAUCGGUGCCGACAGUGUUGAAGGUAUUUCGUCGCCGAAUGUUAACGAUUUCAUCAUGCAAUCUUGCCAUGACAUCAAUGCCCAACAUGUUGCGCCUAAUUCCCCACUGACGCACAACAUGGUUGCGCCUCCCAAUGUGAACCAUGUAGAGCUUCCGAUGGGGACAACUUUUUGUGCAAUCUGACUCCAGUGUGGUGUGAUACGCAAUCGCAGUCAGUCAUUGGCAAUGAGAUUGUUACACAGGAUUAUAUGGUCUCACAGCAGUUAAGGAAUGAGGAGAUAAGGCAGCUAGAGAAGCGGAAUUUUUUUUCAGAGAAAGUUGAUGCUCAUGAGAGGAAGAAGCGGUUGAGGCUCCCCAAAGGUCUAGUUGAUACCUCAAAUGUCACCAGCAAUGCUCAUGUUCCGGAUACAGGAGCUGGAGUCCGUGUGCAGGUUGGCACAUCACGGGAUCCUGCCAGUGGUGUAGCCAGUAAGACUGUUGUUCCAUCUCCGCGUCGGAGUCCACGCAUUGCCAGUGGUCCAGUGGUUGAUCGUGUCUAUCCGAGUAUUAAACUUGGUGGAAAGCGUUGUUCAAAAGCUGGAGGUGAUUUUGUAGGAGGUCCUUCUUUUGAUGGCAUUGGGCUCGACGGGGCUAAUGUUGUUCAUAGGAAGCGCCGGCCUAAGGUUGUUGGGAGUGGACCAAAGAAGAAGGUUGCAAAGUCUGCGGUGUCAAACGCUGGUGCUUGUGAUAGGAUCAAUGUAACUGUUCGCUGUUCUUUGGGAGAGGUUUCUGAGGCGGCUGCUCUGCUUGAGACACGACAUAGAGAUAUUCUUUGUAAGGCUGGUUUUGGUUGUGUAUUUAACUGGGUCUUGAAGGGCAAUGUGUUGCAUCUUCUGAUGUGCCACUUGAUGAAGAAGAUUGACACGGCCACGAUGCGGAUUGACUGUGGCCCUAAUAAAGUUCUUGUAGUCAGCAGAGAAGCCGUGCAUCAGGCUUUUUGGUUCCCCAUGGGUGAUGACACAGCUCCCAGGACAGCUGAUAGCGGCCAUGACGAGUCAAUGGCUAGAUUUAAGGCAGAGUUGGGUUUCAGCAAAGCUUCUGUGGCAGCUUGUAGUCGAUGAGUCAAAGGAUGCGCUUGCUGUAAAGGUUUUCUUUGCUAUCCUUUUUUCAAAGAUGAUAUGCCCAGGUCCUGCUGUCCGUGUAGGCAGGGAGGCGGCAAUGCUAGAUGGUAUUGUUUUUGAAGAUAUGGCAACGAUGGAUUUUUGCCAGUUAGUAGUGGAUGAGUUAAAGCGUGCAGCUAUCAGAUGGCAAGAUCCAAAUAUCAUUCAAGCAGGUCCAGAAGGUUGUGGAGUAGUGCUAGUCCUUAUGUAUCUUGAUUGUUGCCUACUGAAGGCCGUGUCUGUGAUGCAUGUGCAGACUCCGCGUGCAAAUUUCCUGACAGAGAAGGUGCUAAAUUCAAUUUUCUUGAAAGAUAUUGUAAAGAAGGGUGGGAAAAUUUUGGACGGCUAUGUUUUUGGAAAACUUGGGGUGAGUUUUUCAACUUUCAUGUGUUCUUUACAUCUUCUAUGUAUUUUUCGUGCGACUUUAAUGGCUUACAUGUUUUUUUUGUAAUUGUUUUUUUGUAAGUAUUCUUAAGUGUAUAAAUUUUAGCUAACCCCCCCUAUCACGUGGAGCUAACUGUUGUCUUUCAAAUUUAUUUUUGUUGGAAGUUAACAUUUAUUUUUCUCCUUUUGUUUAAAUUAUGCGUGGACGUAACUGCUUUGUUAGAGUUUUUACAGAGAGUUAACUGCGUGAAGCAUUGUUCUCAACUUCUGUAGCUAUCUUUUUUUUUUGUGUGUUGUGUUUUUGUGGAAUCCUAUUUUGUUUUCAUGUGCUCAGUGGAAAUCCCGUAACCAGAUUGCAUAUUGCCAGCAAGUUCCCCUGGGCAAAGUCGUGAUCGCGCUUUUCCUGAUGCACAUGUCCCUACCUGCGCGCCAAAACAACAUGCACAGGAUGAGGCUGGUUGUAGCCAGAAUGCAGAUGUAGCUUUUAAAGUACAAAAAUCGAGUAAUGCCAUGGAAGAUGAUGGUGUAUUUACGAAGAUUGAUGGCUUAUUACGGAAGGUGGAUGAGUUGGCCGCUGAAGUUCCCACGACGUCUGAUCGGCUGGGCUGCAUUGCUGGCAUUUUCCUUGAAGGUCAUGGACCAAGGGAAGAAUCAAUGAAGGAGGCUACAGAGCGUGAUGUUGCUAGCAUUGGUAGUAUCCGGAGCGUGACAUCACACAUUUGCACCGCUUUCAAUGACUUGAAGAAGAAACAAGAUGCCAUAUGCAAAGGCUUUGAAAAUGAUGCUCGUAUUAUUGUGAGUCAGAUUAGCAAGCAGAAGAAUGACGUGUCUGCCCCUGUACGUGGCGAUGAUUGUACCGGGCAACGGGGUGAGGAGGUUGUUGUGAAUGCGCCUGAUGAUGAUGAAGAUGAGAAGCAAGAGCCCCCUGCUGAAUCUCCUCCGCAUGAUUUUAGUGACGACAAUGCCAUUGAUGACGACUUGCUGGGUGGUGAUUCUGAUGGGGGUUGCAAGGGUGUUGACGACAUCGUUGAUUAUAUGGAAGGAGUUUUUGCACCAGACCAGCCCGUAGCCCAAGGUGAUUGCGACAAAUCUAAUGAGCCAAAGCUUGGUCAGCAAGUUCAUCCGGGUAGUGUUGGCAUUUCUGAAGGGAAGCACGUUGGUUUUGAUUGCCAAGGCAACGUAUCAGUUACGAUUGAAGGUGGUUUAGAAUUUGAAGAUCAUGCUUCAAAUGAAUCUAGCCAGGUUGUCGCUCACAAUGUUGAUCGUGGUUCAGGUUUGCUUGAUGGUAGACAGGCACCUGAAGGUGCUUGUGAGAGUGUGUUUGUCAUGGAUGGCGUUGGUGAUGGUGUCAAUCAUGCAGCAAGUUGUGAAGGAAAACAAGUGUUGAGGGAUACAUCUAUGCCUGAAAGCACUGGAGCCGGAGGUGAUGUAUUUCCUAUUCCGGUCCGCGAAAUGCAUGUUGUUGACGGAGCAUGUGCAUCGAACAAGGAUGCGAAGCCUACUGUUGUUUUUGAAUUUCUGAAGGAUGCUACAGUUGUUGACACCCACCCAGGUGGUGUUGCUCAUGCUACUGUAGCAGGCCCCAAGGACGCAAGUGUUUUAAAUGUCUCAUGUGCUAGACAAAUCAAAUGUUGACCAUGGUGCAUCUGCUCCUGCGAGACUUUCAGGGAAUCCUGUAGAAGUUCCCGAGGGGUUAGCUGCAAAGCUGAAAGAUAUAAUUUCAAAAGCUGCGAUGCGCGGUAAUUAUAGUGCUGAGCCUCAGCCUGAAGUUGAACCCAACGUUGACGAAGUUGGUGCUGAUGGCGCUUCUGAGGAGACAGAUAGUGAUGACUUGGGAGUGUCAAUAAAUGAGAUAGAUUCAUCUCAAACAGUCUCCAGUUUUACGCAAACCCCGGCCACACCUGAAGCGGUGCAACGCAUGAAGGACUUAUACUUUGCUGUUAUGAGGUUAAGGAAGGACAAGAAUAAAAAGUAUGUACCAAACGACUUAUACUUUGCUGUUAUGAGGUUAAGGAAGGACAAGAAUAAAAAGGAUGAGGUGCUGUUUGAGAAUGCGUUUUGCAAAGCAACUGUCAAGCAGGUUGCUGAGUUUUUCAGAGUUGGUGGCAUGCUGAACACUGCGGUUGCUGCUGUAGGAAUUUUUCUUCUUCAUUCGAAAUACCAAAAUUCUUCUAAGAUGGUGGCUCCAUUUCAUAUUUCGCAAUCUAUCUGGAAGGGGUCCUUUGAUAAUAGGCACUUGAUCAGAUUUUUCUCUGCCUAUGCCGAUGAGCCGCUGGAUAAGAAGGAUAUUGUACUCUUUGGUGUCUUUGACCCUCCAGCUACCAGGGAAGGUGCGGGGCACUAUUGUGUAGUUGCGCUAAACAUUAAGCAUCGUCGUUUUGAGCUGCUUGAUUCUUGGCACCUUCCCGGUACUGAGAGUGGCAUAAGGGUCAUAAACAGGAUGGCGAAGAACAUUAAGCAGCUUUGGAGGAAUGGCUCGUCUGAGCGCAAGAAGAAGAAGUUGGAUCCGGCAAACAUUGACCAUUUCCGUUUGCAACAUGCCGUUGUGCCCCAGCAGGAAAACCCUACCGAUUGUGGUUUUUUCAUGAAUGAACUGCUGGAGACAUAUGAUGAUGAGAGUUAUGUGAAGGAAAUAUGCCCUAGGGGCAAUAAUAAAGUUAUUAUUUAUUUUCUUAUAUCAUGAUAAAUGUUUAUUAUUCAUGCUAGAAUUGUAUUAACCGGAAACAUGAUA